ACUCAACUUCACUCUCCCUCCCUCCACUUACGAUCCUCCUGUCGGUGACCCGGUUGUUUGCUCGAUCGCCGUCUCUCCUGGCCUCAAUUCCCUCCGUGCAAUCCGACGCCAUGAUCUGCUUCCAGUGCCGGGCUGUGCCCGCCACUCUCCGGUCUUCCAUGACCGCGGCCACCAGAAUCCCCAUCUCCGCACACGCCGCCGCCGCUGCCCGCGCAUCAACAGCAAGAGCCGCCACCACCACCACCACCACCUCAAUCCGUACCCUCAUCACCUCCUCAUCCGCCUUCUCUCCCCUUCGCGCACAGCUCUCCCACCAACCACGAACCCCCUCCACCAUCCUCUCAACCUCCGCCUUCCCCCACUCCUCCACCAUCACAUCUCCCGCUGCUCAGCAACAAUCCCGAUCCUUCUCCGCCAGCGCCUGCCUGCUCGGAAAGCGGUCAACCUACAACCCGUCGCGACGGGUGCAGAAGCGGCGCCACGGGUUCCUGUCCCGGGUCAAGACCCGGACUGGACGGAUGAUCAUUCAGCGGAGAAAGGCCCGCGGCCGGAAGAACUUGAGUUGGUAGAUCUUUCGGUUCUGGUCAUCCUGAGGGGGUGGGGGGAGACGGUGGUGGCUUGUUUCCGUCCUAAGUGAACCUUUUUGCUGCGCCAAUGGGUCGUGCGUGUAUCUCGCUGAGGGGGAUUCGCCCGUCUCUUCUUUUGUUCUUCUGUUGUGUUGUGUUGUGCUGCAUAUUCUUUUGAAGGUUGACUCGCAUUGGAUGUCUCGGGGGCUCUCGUUACGAGAGGGUAUAUGGGUCUUCGAGGGGAUGGGUAGCCUGUGGGUGGAAGAUCUCAGUUAGGAAUGCGUUUGCGUGCUUCGGCUUAGAGGAAGUAUGUUAAGUGUGGUGCUCAGCUGUGGUCGGGUGAGGAGAGUGCGUUUGUCGGCGGGUGGAUGAUGGUCUCGAUUGAGAUAUGAUGGUUGUAUUCUACCACCUUUUUCUUUUUAUAUUUCCUAUUUUGUACCAUAUACAUACAUACACCUUUGGCAUGGAUCCUUACAUGUGCGAUCG